AUGGCGGCUAUAACUUCUUCCGGCCUCACGAAUUACUUCAAUGAAUCGACUCUGGAGACCUAUUUUGGCCUGUCCGAAUCCAACGUGACGGCCUACCUGGGCAUUCCAUUUGCGGCAGAUACAGGUUACCAGAACCGAUGGAAACCACCUCAACCGCGCCAACCUUGGAACGAGACUCUAAAUGCGACAACGUUUGGCCCUGCUUGCCCUAGCAGCUCGGACACGUAUAUCAGUGAAGAUUGCCUUAGUCUUAACAUUUGGACCAACGCCGGCUCUGUCGACGCUAAGCUGCCAGUUAUGGUCUGGAACCAGGGGUCCGACGAGACCAGCGAUAAUACCUGGUGGUAUGGCGGUGGAAUGGCCUUGAAAGAUGUCAUCCUCAUCACGUUCAAUCGCCGCGAUGAUGCGUUUGGCUACCUAGCGCACCCAGAGCUCAACUCCGAGGGCUUCGAGCGUACAGGCCACAACACCUCUGGCAAUUAUGGUAUUCUUGACCAGUUAGAAGUCCUCAAGUGGGUUCAGAAGAACAUUGCCCAGUUCGGUGGUGAUCCCGAUCGUGUUACAGUCGCUGGUCAAUCAUUUGGAUCUUCGCAGGUCUACCACGCUGUCAACAGCCCGCUGUUCACCGGUUACUUUCAUGGCGGCAUAUCCGAGUCAGGAAUUAGGUAUCCAUAUGACACACUUUUGGCAGGAUUGGCAUGUUCGUACGUUGAUAUGUCUUCUGCGCUGAACAACGGAGUCAACUAUACGACCUUUCACAAUGUCUCAACAAUCGCCGAGUUACGCACCCUUUCAAUGGAAGACUUGUUGACCGGUUCCCAGGACCGUGUCACCAAUGAAACAUUCUGGUGGGUGACUGCGCUGUCGACUAUGUAUCCCCUGGUAUUCAAACCUGUCCUGGAUGAUUAUGUGAUUCCGUCAAAGUAUAUCGAUUCACUCGUCAAUGGGCCUGCCAACGACGUCCCAGUCAUCACUGGCAACACCAAGGACGAAUCUGGUGCCGCCCUUUCAACUGAUUAUACCGUUGAACAAUACGAGUAUUACACCUAUCUCAAAUACGGCAAUCUGUCUGCCCAGUAUUUGAAGCUCUACCCGGAUAAUGACAACCAAACGACUGCGGACCUGGCCUGGAAUGCCGCUGCGCGCGAUACAUCCUUGAUCGGAUCGUGGGCGUAUGCCACAGAGUGGUAUAAAUCCGCCGAGUCCCCAUUUUACACUUACUACUGGACCCAUGCUCCUCCCGGCCAGAAUAUGGGCGCUUUUCAUCAGUCUGAGAUCAUGUAUGCACUCAACGCGCUGUACGCCAACGUCGACCAGUACCCUUUUACCGAGGUGGACUUUGAGAUCCAAGAGCAAAUGUCUGCAUACUGGGCCAACUUUGCCAAAACUCUCGAUCCAAACCAGGGCAACUCUUACAGCGGAAAUGGAUCUCUCGUGACGUGGAGUCCCAACAGGCCCGAUGGCACCCAGGUUGUCAUGGAGUUGGGCAACGCGUUUGAAAAUGUUCCAAUUGCAAAGCCGGAACAGGUGAAACUCAUUAUGGAUUAUUUUCAUCAGCAGACUGCUUUCUAA